GGUCAGCUGUAGCAUUAUUUUUUGGUACUGGUGCUAACCACUUAAUGAUGCGGCAGCAUAAAGUGCAAGGACAAAGAAAUUUGCAUCCACAUUUAGAUACAUUCAGAAUGUUGUGUGGUGGAAAAAAAACUUACUUUGCUGCUGCUGUGUGCAUUAUUACUCUAACUUCAGUGGUCACACUUUCUUAUCUUAGGUUACAGAGACUUUCUCACCUGCCAAAAAUAAUUCAAGAAGGUAGCAGAUGUAGAGGGAAAAUUACCAGUAGCACAAUAACAGCAUUAAAAGGUAACAGAACUUUUAUUAUAUCCCCGUACUUUGAUGACAGAGAAAGCAAAGUCACUCGUGUGAUUGCGAUUGUUCACCAUGAAGAUGUAAAACAACUAUACUGCUGGUUCUGCUGUCAGCCCGAUGGAAAGAUAUAUGUAUCAAAAGCAAAAAUUGAUGUUCACUCAGAUAGAUUUGGAUUCCCUUACGGUGCAGCAGAUAUAGUUUGUUUGGAACCUGAAAACUGCGAUCCAACACAUGUAUCAAUUCAUCAGUCUCCACGUGGAAAUACUGACCAGCUGCCAAAGUUUGAAAUUAAAAACCGCAAGGCUGAGGCCUUUUCUGUUGACUUCACUGUAUGCAUCUCUGCCAUGUUUGGAAAUUACAACAAUGUCUUGCAGUUUAUACAGAGUAUGGAAAUGUACAAGAUUCUUGGGGUACAGAAAGUGGUGAUCUAUAAGAACAACUGCAGCCAUCUGAUGGAGAAAGUCUUGAAGUUUUAUAUGGAAGAAGGAACUGUAGAGGUAAUUCCCUGGCCCAUAAACUCACACCUCAAGGUUUCUUCUAAAUGGCACUUCAUGCAAGAUGGAACACACAUUGGCUACUAUGGACAAAUCACCGCUCUAAAUGACUGUAUAUACCGUAACAUGCAGAGGAGCAAGUUUGUGGUUCUUAAUGAUGCUGAUGAAAUAAUUCUUCCCCUUAAGCACCCAGACUGGAAAACAAUGAUGAGCAGCCUUCAGGAGCAAAAUCCAGGGACUGGCAUUUUCCUCUUUGAGAACCAUAUCUUCCCAGAAACCGUAUCUACUCACGUGUUCAACAUUUCGUCCUGGAAUACUGUGCCGGGUGUUAACAUAUUACAGCAUGUUCACAGAGAGCCUGACAGGAAAGAUGUAAUCAAUCCCAAGAAAAUGAUAAUUGAUCCACGAAAGGUGAUCCAGACUUCAGUCCACUCUGUCCUACGUGCUUAUGGGAACAGUGUGAAUGUUCCCAUGGACAUUGCCCUCAUUUAUCACUGUCGGGUGCCCCUUCAAGGAAACCUUCCCCGAGAAUCCCUCAUCAGGGAUACAACACUGUGGAGAUAUAACUUAUCAUUGAUCAUGAAUGUUAACAAGGUGCUGUAUCAAACCGUACUGUAAGCUCAAAAGUGAAAUGCCGAUGAUAAGGAGGGAAAGCGGAGAGCUACCCGUGUCGUGGGGAGGCAGAGGAUAUCAUUUAAAGAUCACAUUCAAAUCACUUCCACAUGAAGUUUGCAUCUUACACAGAUUUAGGAGAACAGCCCUUUUAUGUACUGUACAAAGGUAAAUGCAUUUGAUUUGUGAACUGAGACAUGGUACCUUGUAAGAGUCCACAGUGAUUGAGUGCUGGUUAAAAAUUGGGUUCCUCAGGUAAAGUCUCUACUGCAACUUUGUAUGAUGUGAGAGGUGAGGCAUAGUGAGAAGGUAGCUCUUUUACAUGCCUCUAACUACGAAAGGGCAAUAUUCAAGGCCUAGGAAGUGACCAUGCAGAAAUUAGAAAGUUAAUGUACUAAUUUCCAGCUUUCUCUGUUUUUCUUUUCCCAUCUUCAUAUAUGUUCUAGCUAGUGCAAUGAACUUGUAUAACUACCUGAAGAAGGAAUGAAUUGAUUUUUGGUUAUUUUUAUCUCUGAAGUACUCGGUGGAUAAAAAAAUACAGCUGUGCUUAGUGGUGCCUAUUAAAAGAUGGCUUGGGACAGCAUCUCCCAGAUGAAGAGCUGCAUUGGCAUUAACACUGUAACUCAUUAUAAUCACAGAGGCAGGAUAAGCAAACACACCAGCUGUAGCACUGGAACUGUCACUUAUAUUAGAGGUAUUUCUUCUCAAGGGAAACGGGAAUUUGUAGCAGAGCCAUGAGUCAUUUAAUGAUACCAAGGAUCAAUGCAGAUGGUAUUACUUCUUCUGGA